AUGGCCCCUGUAAACGAUGUCAACGCCUGGGCAAAGAAUGUGGGAACCAAACACCUGGAACUCAUCGGCGUUCAAAGAAAUCGGGAGCGAGUGGUUCAUGUUGCUGCGCUCGAGGCAAAAUUGGACCGUAUGGUCGCUCUAUUGGCUGCCUCAGAUCGAAAUGCCAGAGAGGGACUAGAUGGCCCAGGCACCACUAGGUCACCAUCUACAAUCGAGGAGCAAAACGCCUCUAGUAGUGGCUUUGAAGGCCAAGCAGUAUUGGAAACAUUCAGAAACCGAAUGCUUCCGCUAUUUCCUUUCCUGAUGAUUCCCUCGCACCUCACCGCUAAAGAACUGCGCCGAGAGAAACCAUUCUUGUUCUUGAAUAUCUCCAUGGUUGCGUGUUUGAACUCUGCUCGACAGCGUGAGAUUGUGAACACAGUGCAGCAAUAUGUUGCCGAGCAUAUCGUGAUAAGAGGCGAACACAGCUUGGAUCUACUACAAGGUCUUCUUGUCAAUGUGGCCUGGUUCACAUCCGUCAGCCGCUGUCAGCCGCCCGCUCCGAGUGGCAGCACCGACAAGUUCAAAGCCGAAUUAGAACCUCACCAUAUCAUUCGCAGUACUUCUCAGCUUGAUGCUUUUGUUCAUUUACUUGUGGCUCAAUCGCUGAGUUUGGGGCUGAACCAGCAGUUGACUUACCAAAAAAGUUUGAAUUAUCCAAUGACUUAUUUGAAAGAGAUUUUGAAUGAAGAAUCUCAUAGUCCGGUCCGCACCCUAGAGGAGCGACGGACAUAUAUUGGGUGCUACUAUCUGACUACAAUGCUCUCUACAUGCGUUAAAGACCUGGGGCCAAUCAUUCGCUUCACGAAAUACACUGAUGAAUGCUGCGAUGUUCUAGACCAGGCCGCAGAAUAUCCCACCGAUGCCUACCUGGUACAACUAGUUCGAGUGAUGAACCUCGCAGAUAGAAUCCACCAUACACUCUACCGCACCGAGCUUCACUCUUCAUCUGUCUCAGCGCCGCCCCUCGGAUUGAGCAUCAGAUGGCUCGAGGCCGAGCUGAAGCAAUUGAAAUCUCGCAUGUCGUGCGAGCCACCGUACGCUGCCAUCUUGACAACCCACUACAACACACUGGAAAUUCAUCUCUAUCGAAUCGCUCUAAACCACGAUUCAUCCGAAUCAAACUACGGCGACCAUCCACUAAUGCGUCUAGACCUCCUAUUCCGCUGCCUGGAAACAACAACCUCCUUUUUCCAAAACUUCUACAGUGUUCCCUCCGUCCUCUUCCCGUACGUUCCAUUCAGCAUAAUAUGCCAAUUUGGCAAAGCAAUAGUCACCAUCUCCCAGCUCUCGCUCUACAACCACAGUGGAUGGGAUCGCACGUAUGCCGAAAGCACAAUCGACCUCGAUACCACGGUCGACCAAAUGGUCGCCAAACUGGAAGAAUCACGGCCUUUCUUCCAGCGCGCUACAGAAAACGACCCCAACUCACCCGGUCUCCCGGAUAUAUUUGGGAGGAUGCAGGCGAGAGCCAAAAUGAUGAAGCUUAUGCAUCAGCGCAGGAAGGAGGCGCUGGAACGCACUUCGCCCCCGUCGACUAUGAAUGCCAUGGAUUAUGAACUCAUGAUGAAUACGCCUUUGGAUUUGUUGUUUCCUUUUGGCGAAAUGCCGCCUAUCUACGAGCCCUAUAACUUUCGGGUCUAG